AUCUAUUGGAAUAUGAUUGCAAACAACAUCCGGUUAAUGAGUAAUAGCAGAAAUACGGUAUUUUCACAUAUAUAUAUCCCAGAUUUAGCAGGUUUAAUAAAUCAUAUUUGCCUAAUUUGUCUAUUAAAAUUGCAAAAUAAUUCAUAUUCAUAAAAAAUGCCGCAUAACUUUGCAUUUUUAAUAAUUUUUUAAUUUUCAGAUUAUGGUCGUUGAACACCGAUAAUGUCUGUAAAAGGUCAUUCUCAAAUUUUAAAGAAGUCUUCGAAUAAAGCUCAAUUUAAGGAGAAAAUCAGUCAAAUCUAUGAAUCGCUCUUUAAGGGACAAGAUUUAUCAUUGAUAAAUGAGAAUUUUUGGGACGAAUUAUUCCUUCUAAAGGUUAAUCCCCAAACGUUUGCCACAGAAUUCGAAAAACAAAGUAUCGAUCAAUUAUGUUUGAUUAAGGAAAUUAUUAGUAAACUGUUUUAUGAAUGCAUUAAAAGAUUGGACUAUACAAACCCGAUACCUUUGGCCAACUCAUUACAGACAAUCAAUUGUCUUAUUAGAGGCGUGGUAUCAAAGAACGAUGACUCUUCCAAUGUAUUGAAAUUGCUGAUAGGUCAAGAGGAAGCUGACGAUGUAAUGAAAGACUUAAUUACUGGAUUAAUUAAGAUAUUAGAGGAAUCUAAAUUAGAUAUUUUACAUACUCUUUCUUUAAAGUUAUUAUUAACUAUUGUUACGGUGGUUGAAUCGCAUCUAAGUCAGAAUAUUUUACUAGAAUACUUAAUGAAAAACUCCCUGUUCGAAACAAUCGUACAACUCUUUGGAAGAUCAGAAUGGAGAAAUGUUCAUGGGCACGAUGCUUUACUUCUAUUUACUCUAUUAGUACAAUACAGAAAACACGAAUCAGCUAAUCCAUAUGUAGUUAAAUUGUCUAUACUUGAUAAUGAACUAGCUUUAAAUGGAUUUGCUCAGACAAUUUCAAUGACUUUGACAGAAUUUAAUAAGGCUUUCAAGAAAAAAUGUUUAGAAAAUGAAUCGAGUGGAUUUCUUGCUACAUUAAGCAGUAUGGUCGGUAAUAUGUUUGUUGGAGAUGAGAAAAAAGUUUCCAUUGGGUCAACAAAUGACGCCAUGCUUCUUGCUUUAUAUGAAGCGGUACACUUGAAUCGAAAUUUUGUCAUCACUUUAACGCAAUGUCAUACGAGUCCUGUACAAACUCCUCCGGAAUCGCCUGCAACAACAAUUGCCAGAAGCCAAUCGAUGCCUGUCAAUGAGAAAGAGCCGGAUUCUAAAAUAAAUUGUUCAAAUGAAGUUUUACCAACAAAUCUACUAGCUACGUUUUUAGAAUAUUCAUCAAUAGUUAUGCAAGGAAUAAAAGAGGAAAGUCGUUUUCACAGCUGUAAACUGUGUUUGUUGAUAUUGACUUGCAUUUCCGAGGAUCAAUUUGCAAAUUCCCUUAUGCAUGACGUUAACAUAAAUUUUCGAGUUCCCUUACAUAAAAUGCCAAUGAGACAUAGAAAAGUCUUCUUGAACAGACCAUCUCCUUCGAGAACGCUUGCAUCAGCUCUUUUAGAUUUAUUAGUUGAAUUCGUACACAGUCACAUGAUGAAAAAUUUCCCAAUGGAAUUAUACAUGAGAGGUAUAGGCGUAAUUCAAAGGGUGCUGUGUUAUCAAAAACGGUGCCGACAACGCUUGAAGUACAAUUGGAACGAUCUCUGGUCCGCCUUGAUUGCUCUAUUGAAGUUCAUCGUUACCUACGAAAAUUAUUUGAUGAAACAGAAACACGAUAUCUUUUCCCUUUGUUACCGGGUUAUCAAUAUUUUUAACAUGUUUAUCACCUAUGGAGAUACAUUCUUACCAAGUACUCAGACUUAUGACGAACUUUAUUAUGAAAUUGUUAGAACUCAUCAAGUAUUUAACAACCUUUAUACGAUGGGCUUACGGUAUUCAAAUUCAAAUAAUGAGUUCGUGAAUGCAGCAAAAAAGAUGAAUGGUUCCCUUGUUAAUAUCAGAUCGAUUGUUAAUCAUUUUACGCCAAAACUGGAAAAGUGGCAACAUCAAAAUAAAAUUUCAUCUCUAACUGAAGAACAAGUUUUAGAAGUUGUUAGAAACAAUUAUGAAUCUUUAACUUUAAAGUUACACGAUUGUCUUGAUCAGUACGAAAGAUAUUCGGAAAAGCCGGAAGAAGCUGCCUUCUUUUCAAAUAUGGUUAGGCAUAUAAUGAAUGACGUUAAAAAGCAAGCUUGUCCUCUUAAGAUGGACUGCUACGAUCAGUUUAAUAUAGAGUCACCUUCGACCAAUAAUUAAACUCUCAUCUUUUUUUUGUAAUCAGUAAAUAAGAAAUUGUUUUUGUGUCUUUUGUCUGUGAAAGCAAUACAAGCUUCUUUUAAAUAUAAAACUUGAAACUAAACUGUUCAAUUUGAAGACGUUUCUAAAUAAUUGAGUUGGCUAGCU